GCACGUUCACCUCAUGACAUUCCUAUCGUUCGUGAGUUUGUUGACGUGUUUCAAGACCAACUUUCCGGAGGUCCGCCUUGCCGACAGGUGGAAUUUUCUAUUGAUCUUAUCCCUGGAGCCAGACCCGUUUCAAAGGCACCAUACAGAAUGGCGCCUAAAGAAUUGCAGAAAUUAAAGACCCAACUUCAAGAGUUGCUGAAUCUCGGUUUUAUACGACCGAACAAGGAUGGAUCCAUGCGUAUGUGUAUCGACUACCGGGAUCUUAACCGGUUAACGAUCAAGAAUAAAUAUCCACUUCCCAGGAUCGAUGAUUUAUUUGAUCAGUUGAGGGGUGCAUGCGUGUUUUCUAAGAUCGAUUUGCAUUCAGGCUACCAUCAACUGAAAAUCAAGGAGUCAGAUAUACCCAAGACAGCUUUUCGUACGAGAUACGGUCACUUCGAGUUCGUGGUUAUGCCGUUUGGCCUCAGUAAUGCCCCGGCAGUAUUCAUGGACUUGAUGAACCGUGUAUUUCAUCCUUUUCUCGACCAGUUCGUUAUUGUUUUUAUCGAUGAUAUUCUUAUUUAUUCCAAGAGCAAGGAGGAGCACGAGGAGCACCUGAGGGCCGUUCUUUCGAACCUUAGACGAGAGAAGUUAUAUGCAAAGUUCUCCAAGUGCGAAUUUUGGCUUCAGCGAGUGGCUUUCCUUGGCCACAUUAUUACUUCAGCAGGUAUUGAAGUUAAUCCUUCCAAAAUAGCUGCAGUUCAGAAUUGGUCAGCACCAAAGAAUCCGUCCGAGGUUCGUAGUUUCCUCGGCCUUGCAGGUUAUUAUCGCAGAUUUAUCGAGGGGUUCUCGAAGAUUGCGCUCCCUUUGUCUCAGCUGACGAGGAAGUCUGUAAAGUUCGAGUGGACAAACCGUUGUGAGUCGAGUUUUCAGGAGUUAAAAAGGAGGCUUACGACGGCACCAGUGUUGACUAUACCCGAUCCUUCUCGGAACUUCACCAUUUAUAGUGAUGCUUCGAGGCAGGGUUUGGGAUGUGUACUUAUGCAAGACGACCAGGUCGUUGCUUAUGCGUCACGCCAGCUUAAAAUACAUGAACAGAACUAUCCGACGCACGACUUGGAGUUGGCUGCAGUU